AUUAUUCGAGAAUGUAAACAUCAAAAGUCAGAUAUGGAGAAAAUGGCCUCUUUUGGACAGACAGAGUAUUCACACGACGAACAAGAAGCAAUACAAAAUGCACUGAGACAGAAACUAGGACCCGAAUUUAUAAGUCAGCGUGCUGGAGCUGGGGGACAGAGGCUUGCGUACAUAGAAGGAUGGCGUCUCAUCAACCUUGCCAACGAGCUGUUUGGGUUCAAUGGCUGGUCCCACUCAGUCUCUCAACAAACUGUCGACUUUGUUGACCACAGUGGAGGCAGAUACUACGUAGGAGUCAGUGCUUUUGUCAAAGUUCAGCUGAAGGAUGGUGUGUUCCAUGAAGACAUUGGAUAUGGUGUAAGUGAAGGAAUGAAAUCCAAGGCUCUGUCCCUAGAGAAAGCAAGAAAAGAGGCCGUCACUGAUGGGCUAAAGCGGGCACUUAAGAGUUUUGGGAACUCAAUGGGUAACUGCCUAGCAGACCGAGAUUAUCUGAAGUGUAUCAACAGAGCUCCUAAACCAACAGCUAGAGUGUAUGAUCUGGAAGAAAUGAGGAGGACAGAACAAGACGUGGCAAUAGAACAGGCCAGGAAAUCCUCUAAUAUCAGAAGACUCUCCAAUCACAAGCUAGCUUCUGAUCAGACCAAUCAAAACCUUCCUAGUAAUCUUAACAUGGUGUCAACAACCAAUCAGACGACAGAUUCCCGAGACACAGGGAUAGGUUCUAGAGACAAUAUAACAGCCACCACAAGUAACUCCUCCAACGAGAACUUAUCUAAAAACAUCACUUCACGAGAGACAACCAGAGUGUCGACAAACGUGGAGAACAUUCGAGUGACGGGGAGACAGAGUUUACCAAGUAAGGAGAAUGUGAACCCCCGGGACCAGGAGGUGGUGAUCAAGUCAGAGUGGGUGUCAGCGGAGCUGGUGCUUCAGAAAGAGGAGGACCUGCCCCCUCAGGAGUUUGUCAGGAGGGGGUCACUGCCCCUCAAUCACGGAGUGGGAGGGACCGGAAUGAACCUCAGACACAAGAGGACCCAGUCCACUCAGAGAGUGGAAAAUGAACCCGUCAAUACUGCUAGUAAAGAUGGUGACAAGGAAGAUCUUAAAGCCAAGCAAGAGAGAUUACAGCGACAACAUCAGAAGCAGCAGGAGUUCAAACAGAGGCUAACAGUCAAACAGACAGACAAUACAGCCCUCAAUAUUAUAGGACCUCCUGUGGCGACCUCUACACCUGCCUUUAAUGGCCUUGGUCCUCCAAUCCAUGCCUCCAGUCCCAAGGUCAUCCCAAAGUCACGACCCCAGAGCAGCUCCGAACCCUCCCCGAAUCAACCAGAGCUCCUCCCCGAGGAAAACUUUGAGGACACAGACCUUUGGAACAACUCACUAGACAUAGAGAGCAUAGAUCCAUUCAGUGAUAACACAGCAGUGGAGGGGGGCGGCAAGAAACCACUCAACAGAAGUAAGACUCUCUAUACCUCCGAGUCCAAACCCUCAGGGCGCCCCAACACAAUGACCAAUCACUACCCUGUUACCAAGGCAACCGGUCAGUUACGACAGGUCACAAGUUACACAGGUACAACAGCAGUAAAUGAUAUAGACGAGUGUGCGCUCCACAGUGGCCAUAUUUGUGGACAGAUCUGCGUGAACACGGUCGGUAGUUACCGCUGUGAGUGUAACUCUGGAUACACGCUACACUCUGAUGGCAGUACCUGUAUUGAGGAUGAACCUAUCGGUUGUGACAGGUAUAACCCAUGCCAGCAGCGGUGUGUCGAGGACGAGAAUGGGGUCAGCUGUGCCUGUAACCAAGGAUACCAACUACUGGCAGACGGCAUCAACUGUCAAGAUAUUGAUGAGUGCACCUCUGGGUCAGCCACCUGCCCACAGGGACAGGGCUGCUAUAACCAGGAGGGGACGUACAGAUGCCGGCGCUGCCCCCAGGGUCAGGAGGUGGACCCUGUCUCUAAGGCCUGUCGGUCCGUCCCACGCUGCACCACCGGCUACUUCUACGACAGAGUGGCAGGGUCAUGUGCAGACGUUGACGAGUGUGCCACUGAGAGAGACACCUGUCUGUCCUCCCAGAGGUGUGAGAACACUGUGGGGUCGUUUGUCUGUAGGAGGAUCUUAGGGUGUGGGACAGGCUACUCCAUGAUGGAGGAGACUCAGACUUGUAAAGACAUAGAUGAGUGUUUGCUGGGCACACACAACUGUCCCUCUGGUUAUGAUUGCUUUAACAUGGACGGUACGUUCCGAUGUCAGAAGCCCACGUGUCAGAGAGGGCACCGCUUCUCCUCCUCCACCGGCCAGUGUGAGCCCAUACAGUGUCCCCGGGGCAGGGAACCAGACUCUAAUGGGAUGUGUGUUGACAUAAAUGAGUGUCAGCAGCCCGGGAUCUGUCCGGCCUCAGCUCGCUGCGUCAACACCUACGGAUCGUACCGCUGUAUACCAAGCACUUCCUGUCCUCAGGGUCAUCAAAUUGACCCCGUCACCAAGGCCUGUAUAGACAUUGAUGAGUGUUCCAGAGGAGUCCAUAAUUGUCAGAGUGAUCAGGAAAAUUUUGGAAAUGCUGCUUUUAUUACAGAUAUAGACGAGUGUGCAUUUGGUAACAUCUGUCCGUACAAUGGAGUUUGUGAGAACACGCCUGGUAGUUACAAAUGUAACUGUAACCCAGGGACUGUACUCAGGGGCAGGUCGUGUGAAGAUAUUGAUGAAUGUGAAGGCAGAAAUGUCUGUGAACAAAACUGUGUCAAUAUUGUGGGAUCCUUUGAGUGUACAUGUAGGUCAGGCUACAAACUCAACCCAGACAAACGCACCUGUUCAGAUAUAGACGAGUGCCAGUCCUACUCUCUGAGGGGCCGGGUUUGUGGAGGAGCCUGUAUUAACACCCCGGGGUCCUACAUGUGUACCUGUCCCGAGGGCUGGAGGACUCUCGGAGGAGGAAGGUCAUGUCAAGAUAUUGAUGAGUGUGCUGAGGGCACAUAUCGCUGUACAGCCCCCGAGUCAAUGUGCUUCAACACCAGGGGGAGCUAUAAAUGUCCCCAGGUGACCUGCCCCCCGGGCUUUGUCAGGACCCCUGUAGGACCCCGCAGAAACAGUGUAAGAUGUAAGCGUACAUCCUUUACCUGCCAGAGAGGAGAUGUUCAGUGUCUGACAGCCCCUAUCUCUCUAUCCUACAACUUUCUCUCAUUCCCUUCCAACAUCAAGAUUCCAACCGAUUUAUUUGCCAUGUCAGGACCCCAGACAUCUCAAAAACAGUUUGCUUGGGAUCUAAAGGUCAUCGAUGCUCGACCUCUCAAAUCAGGGGUCAUGGCCGUCAACAGGGGAUACUUUGACCUCAAAGUUCAAAAUUCUGCCCAAGCCGUGGUGUCCUUGAACUAUCGAAUCCCUGGCCCCCAGGACGUGGAGCUAGAGCUGAAGAUGAGGAUCACUGACCUCCGGUCCCGCUACACAGGGACGGCCGUGUCCAAGAUAUUCCUGUAUGUUACCGGGGACAGUGCGGUGUAGGGGUACAACUUAAGGAUCGCUGGGGAUUUCUAGGAAUACUCUGCAUGUUUUGUUGAUGUUCAUGUGAUUGUUUGAACAAGCACGAAUGUUUAUUAACAUUAUUUUUUUCUGUCAUUGAAAAAGUUAUUUACAUUUUUGGAACAAAAAAUUACGACAUCAAAGUUGCAGCUAAUAUUGUUUUAAGAAGUUUCAGCAAAAUGGUUGAGAUUACAAAAAAACUCUUUUAAUCAGUGUCAAGCAGGGUAUAAAUUUUUGGCUAAUUACCUGGUAUAUUUUUCUCGUAAAAAAAAACCCAAUACUCUGUAUUUUAUGUGUGAUUUAUAGUUACUACAAUGUGCAAUUUUAUGUUCAUCAGCUACAUCAAUUUUUGUGCAUGCAUGACUCGCAAAGAAAUAUUUGAAUGUUUGAAUUUUUUUUUCAAGCAUCAUGAUGUUAACAAUUUUCAAUCAAGGUUUUAAAAUAAAAAUUAUAAACUUUAAAAGA